AUGGCUCAAACACUCCAGUUCACCAGCUACGAGCAUGAAGAUGCCUGGGACGUGAAUUGGCUGCGGGUGGAUGACACCCAUGAACUUUACUAUCAACAGUUUGGCAAGAAGGACGGAAAGCCUGUCAUCUACCUCCAUGGUGGGCCUGGCGGGAACUGCUCCAAAACCAACACCGUCUUCUUCAACCCCUCUGAAUACCGAGUGGUUCUGCUCGACCAGCGAGGCUGUGGUCAAUCGCGCCCUAAUGCCAACACAACAGACAACACUACUUGGCAUCUCGUCGAAGACAUCGAAAAGCUGCGCAAGCAUCUGAAGUUUUCCAAAUGGCACAUGGUCUUUGGUGGCUCCUGGGGAUCCACACUCGCUCUAGCAUAUGCGCAAACACACCCCGAUAGUGUAGGUAGUCUAGUCCUGCGCGGCAUCUUCACCGUGCGAGACAUCGAACUCAAGUGGACCAACCAUGCAGGCGGCGCGCAAAUGCUGUUUCCCGACCGCUGGGAGGACUUUAUCAAGUUUUUACCAGAGGAAGAACGUUCCGAUCAUAUCGGCAACUACCACAAACGCCUCAUGUCUUCGGACUCGUCUAUCAGUCAUCCCGCGGCUGAGGCGUGGAACACGUGGGAGCUAUCAAUCAGCACCCUGUAUCCUGACCCACACGCGUACAAGAAACUGAAAGAACCAGCCUAUCUGCUCGCACAUGCUAGGAUGGAGAUCCACUACUUCAUCAACAAAGCAUGGAUGGAAGACGGGCAGCUGUUGAGGAAGGAGAACGUGGACCGGAUCCGGAACAUUCCGACGACCAUCGUGCAGGGCAGGUACGAUGUUGUCUGCCCGCCGGUUACAGCCUGGGAGUUGUACAAGCAGUGGCCGGAGAGCAGAUUGCACUUCAUAGACGACGCUGGGCACAGUGUUAUGGAGCCCGGGACGAGAAGGAAGUUGACUGAAGUGUGCGACGAAUACGCGUCUCUGAGCGUCUAG